AUGAAGCCCACCUCUGCCGCCGUCCUCCACCAGAUUGCAAAGCCACGGCUCGUGGUCCCUCUGGGGGGAAUCAGACAAUACACGGCCACCAGGGUGACGCUGCUACCCACGGCCCUGGCCCGCGCGGAAAGAGCCUCGGACCUCAAGGCGCAUCCGGAGAGCGCCCUCACGCAGGAGAAGCUGCCGGACAAGAAAGGGAACCGGCACUGGUCCGAGGAGAAUGCCACCCUGAGCGAAGCCGACGUAAGUUCCAAGUUCAAGUUCGACGUCAAGUCAGGCCAGGACCUGGAAUGCAUGAAUGAUAGAGAACCUGGGGAAAUGGCGCAGAAACUCUCGCACCAACCCACGCCACCCACCCAGCCCAUCAGCCUACCAGCGUACCAGCCAACUGACCGUCUCGCACAGAUCAAAGCGGACCGCGAAGCCGAAGAGGCAAAAUCAUCAGCCACCAAGACUCAAGACAAGAAGGCGUAA